AUGCCUCAAGAUCUGCCGCCCUCGGGGGGCUAUGGUGCCGUGCAAUACAAGAGCAUGAAGAAGAAGCAUGAGCAGAUGUUAGGAAUGGAAUGGAAUGGAAUGGAUAGGAGGUGGUGGCAGGAGCAGGCUAUGGAUAGAAUAAUGGCUAAUUGCACACAGAGAAAUCUGCCAGCGCGAGGAUUCCGUCCAGCUGUCAUGCUGGCGGGUAUGGUGGGGGUCAUGACAUAUGGGUUUUGGAAGCUAGGCAAGGGGAUCAGGCAACAGAAUGAACUCGCACGCGAAAAGAUGUGGUCGCGCAUCCACCUCAUUCCGUUGUUGACGGCAGAGGAAGAUCGGGAUUUGGUGAGGAGACAUCUGGCGGAUCAGGCGAGGGAGAAGGCGCUGUUGGGGUCUCAGACGAGUCCGUAUAAUAGUGAUAAAUACGUACGACCAACAUACGCCAUUACCCCAAGCCAAGUAUCAAAGUAG